AUGGUUGCCGUCUCAACUGCCUCUAGCCUUUUUGUAGCCAUCGUUCCCACGAAGGUUGUCGUCAACAUCAAAAACACCCGUUUAGCAAGUUCCAGCCAACAUCAAUACCACAUGCAGGAAACAAAAAAAAUCGAGGAGCUAGAGAGGCGACUUCGUGAGGCGGAAGAACGCAUUGCAAGCGAAAAGCAACGCGCCGAAAAGGAACAGCAACGCGCCGAAAAGGAACAGCAACGUGCCGAAGAAGCAGAACGAGAGCGUCAACAAGAGCGAGAUCGUGCCGAGAAGGAGCAGCAACGCGCCGAGAAGGAGCAGCAACGCGCCGAAGAAGCAGAGGAACAGACCCGACCGACCACAUUCGACGAGUACAUCGCUGCUUGUCAUCGCCAUGUCUUUUCCCAGUUCACGGUGGAAAGAGACCGCAGGCUUACGUCAAGGGGGAGCGUUUUCGAUACUCUCUACGAAUGUCUGCCCGUCGACAUUCGUGUCUUCGAGAGCCAAAACUUCCUAGCCGGUCUAGGAAGGAGAGUGGCGCAGCGAUCGAUAGCAGAUGAGAAGACGCUGGAAUACUUCAUGCAUAAUAGUGUCGAAGAUCCUGUCAGAGUCAUCAUGGAGCAACUCAGGCAGAUUGACGAGGUGUGCGACGCAUUCGACAUGGGAAACGGGAUCGUCUUCGAGAACCACCCUCACGCCAUCAGCGACGUCGCCGAGGAAGUAGUCGCCCGGGAGAACCCGUCAACACCGCCGCAAGCACCAGACCACCGACGAGAUCUUCAUCAGCUACGGCCCGACCAAAUCUGCAUUUAUCGGUCAGGUGAUGACCCAUCCCCGGAGAAGCGGACGAUGAUCUACGUGUCCGAGUAUAAGGCACCCCAUAAGCUCACAGCUCCGCACCUCCGCGCCGGACUACGGCCGAUGAAUAUCUACAAGGAAGUCGUCAAUCGGAAGACGAUCCCGCCAUCUGUGGACCCGGACGGCCGUUUUGAAUAUCACGCCGAGAGACUGACGGCGUCUGCCCUCACACAAACGUAUCACUACAUGAUCGAAGGCGGUCUCGAGUACGGGUUGCUGACAACUGGCGAGGCGACCGUCUUUCUCAAGGUGGACUGGGCCGAGCCUGAGACGUUGUAUUAUCACCUGGCAGAGCCCGGGCCGGAGGUGUUGGCUCAUCCAGAGCAUAUGCAGUCUAGCUCCGCGGUGGGGCAGUAUCUCACGUUCAGCCUGAUGGCGCUAGGUAGACCGGGCGGACGGGUGGAACAUGGGCAGGAUGAGCGUGAUCGGGCGACGGCGAAUCUCAACAGGGGAGGAGACGCCGUCGAGGUAGAAGAGGCGACGAGCGCGACACAAUUGCGACUAGACGAGAUCAGUCGGAAUCAUCGGACGACGAGUCGGGAUAUCGGCCUCCGGAUACGCCGAGCCCCUCUGAGCGGCAAGGAGGACGUGGACAACGCGGACAACGUGGACGAGGCGAUGCAAAUGUGCCUCGACGAAGUCAACGAAUCCUGGCACGCCGACCCCGCCAAGGGACUGAUGAGGAAGUGGAACGGCGGUACUGCACCCAAGCAUGCCUCCUUGGACUGGUUCGGGGAGGUACCCUCGAUCCUCGAUGUCCCAACGCGGGGUGUCAUGGCGGCCCUCGAGGAUGCACUCGCGCACCACAUCCGAUCAGUCAUUCUACAUGGCUGCAACUUUUGA